UAGUGGUUAAAAAGUGAAGUGCACUUUGAAGCAGUAAAGAGGUAUGAAUCUCUUUUCUCCCUUAAUCUCUGUAAGAUAUCAUAAGUUAGGGUAUACUUUUUCUGGAAGCAGGAUGUUUCUUCUGGAAGAGAAAGCAAAAAAAUGCUGACACCAACACAAGAUUUACUGUCUUCACCAAAUGCGAACCCUUCAUAUAUCCGAAAACCAGAGAGGGCUGGUCAGGACAAUACCAUAUCUUCAGGGACCGGCAGCUGUUCAUCUGAGGAGAGACCAACUCUUGGGACUCUUGCCCCAUCGAAAAAGUUUGCUUCUAAAGAUGAGAACUCAAAUUCCCUGGCGAACCGCAAGGAUGUGAAGGUACAAACACCGGAUUCACCUUCUUUGCCAAGCACACAACCUCUCCUGAACCAGCAGGUAAAUAUGACAACUCAAAGCAGCAAAAUGUCUCCAGGUCCCAACAGGAUCUCUUGUGCUGAGGAUCCAACAACAAUUGUCUGCAAUACUUUAUCAAAGUCCACAUCAAGGGGGGAGAGUUCCAUGCUUGCAGCAGACAGUGAAAAUGUGAAAACUCUGAGACGAGAUACAGUAUCUACCUCAGAUAGACAGCCUUCCCAGAAGCAAUCAACAAAUACGUCAAAUAUGAGCUCCAUGCUUGCAGCAGACACUGAAAAUGCGAGAAGUGUAAGACGAGAUUCGGUGUCUACCUCAGAUAGGCGGCCUUCCCAGAAGCAGCAGAUGAAUACGUCCAAUAUGAAUUCUUCAAUAUCUUCAGGGUCGGCUAACAUUCCAUCCACUGAAGGGUCAACUACAUCUGGAUUCCGUACUGCUUCAAAAAAGUCCCUUCCAAAGGUUGAUAAUGUGAAGACAGAAACACAGGUUUUGCCAUCUUUACCUAAUCGGCAGCCCUCUCAGAAGCAACAGCCAAACAUUGCAAAUCUGAACAGUUCAAGUUCUCUAAAGGCUAAUAAUGUUUCUUCUGAAGAGUCAGCAGCAGUUGGCCGCACUGCAUCAUCAAAGAAGUCAUCUUCCAAGCCUGAGGAAACCACCUCUUCAUCAUCUGCACUGGUGAAGCUGACAAACCGACUCAACUUUUUGAAGGAACGACGGGCCCCACUUGUAAAUGAGCUACAAGACAUGGACAUAAAUCGCUCUUCUGGUCCAGAAGGCCCUCCUCUAAGAACCAAUUCCAGGUGACCUAGAACCUCCUCAAAGAGGAUUAGCUUUACUAUAUU